CAAUUUUUUCUCCCUCUUUUCCCCUCUUUUUUUUUUCUCUAUCUACCUGUCCAUCGUCACUCUUCUUUCCAAUCGCUCCCUCCACCAUUCUCAACCCCCUUUUUUUUAUCGUCCUCUUUCUCCAACUCCUCCCUCCUCCAACGUUCCAGUGUUCCUGGCUCCGGUGCUGCUAGCCCUUCCUCGUGCUGUCUCUCCUGUUCGGAACUCGCUUUCAGGACGACGUCGUCGAGGCGCGUGAUCGUUUUAUCCCCCACCGUGUGGAAGGCGGUUAAGGGAACCAAUCGGAGCACCGCUUCCGGCAACGGUGGACGGCCCAAUGGGCGAACACCGACGACGGAUAGACGCUGACGAUCUGGCGGAUUUUGACAGUCGACACACGACCACGGUAUCGUGCUGCUCUUCUUCGACGCGUGUCCACCUCUGCGCAUCAGGUCCCCGCGGACUGAACAGCCGGGCCAUCGUUUAACAUCCGUGUCGUCGUCGUCGUCGUCGUCGUCGUCGUCGUUUGUUGUGCCUCUCAAAGGAUCGUCCUUUAUAUCAUUCGUCCGAGACACUCUGUUUAUCUGGUGUGAAAAAGAAACUCUGUCGAGUUGGUUGAUCGUUCAGCUAACUGGUGAUCAUCUGGGAAGAGAGAGAGAGAGAGAGAGAGGAAGGAGUCAGAGUUUAGGUGUCCCAGUGUCGACCAGAUUCACCAUUGAACCUUCCGGUGUUGCUCCAAGGGAUUCUUGCCCCGAGAUCAACUUUCUCGCCUCAUCCUCCGACUCUCUCCCUCUCUUCCGGCUUGCUCGUGACAAAGUGUUCCUCGCGGUGUGUCAGCGCGAAACGACGCUCGUGGAUAAGAAUCUGCGGAUGCGGAGCCGCUGAAACAGUGGCGAGAAUUUAGCCUCGGUUGGUGUUCACCUCUCGGAGACUGAUCGAGGGAGAAAGUGAAAGUUAGCUGGGAUAGAAGAGAUAAAUGCACGCGUGAAGGAAACCGAUGAGCUGCGCUAUGGAGUACCAACAAUUGGCGCCACCGCCGGUACCAAGCGUGUUGCACCAAGCGCACCACCAUCAACAGCAACAGCAACAGCAGCACCAACAAACGGUGCAACCAGCCCAUCCUCACAUUGUGGUCGCGCCGGCGCACCAACAACAACCCCAACAACCACCACCCCCGCAGUUACCGCCCACGUCGCACGGGCACCAGGUCCACGCGCCACUUCCGCCUAUCCACGACGACAGCACCAGCUCGCGUUGGACGCAGUAUCAACAUCUAUGGAGACAGCAUCAUGUCUACGUAAAUGGAAAACAAGGUAAAGAUGGACCGGAAGAGAAGAAGGACGCGGAUGGAGAGUUAUGGGGCAACGUGGAAGCGCAGGCCGCCUUCCUCGGCCCAAAUCUUUGGGACAAAACUCUGCCCUACGAUGCCGACCUGAAGGUAUUGAACCAUUACGUGGAUCUUGACGAGUUUCUCUCCGAGAACGGCAUUCCUGUGGACGGUGUGGCUGGCGGUGGACAGGGUACGAUGCAGAGUGGACAACUGCACAAGUUGAACAACACCGAGACACCGGGGCACCAAGGACCAGCUGGUCUUCAUUUAGAACCAGUCACCAAACGCGAGAGAUCACCCUCGCCGAGCGAAUGUUGCUCACCUGACACGAUGAACCCUCCCUCGCCCGCGGACUCCACGCUCUCGAUGGCCUCAUCGGGGCGAGAUUUCGAUCCACGCACCCGGGCCUUCUCGGACGAGGAGCUGAAACCCCAACCGAUGAUCAAGAAAUCACGAAAGCAGUUCGUUCCGGAUGACCUGAAGGAUGACAAAUACUGGGCGCGUCGUAGGAAGAAUAACAUGGCAGCGAAACGAUCACGAGACGCGCGUCGCAUGAAGGAGAACCAGAUCGCUCUCAGGGCCGGCUUCCUCGAGAAAGAAAACAUGGGCCUCCGACAGGAGCUGGACCGGUUAAAGAACGAGAACAUGCUGUUACGCGACAAGCUGAGCAAAUACACGGACGUCUAACAGUACGCCGAGGAAACAACAACUCGUCGUGGUAUUAAAAAAGAUGCAGACACGAGCGUUUGUUGUGCCAGCUCCUCCCACACUUUAUAGUCGCAGAGCACUUAGGUUUUCGCCAGUCCGGAAGAAAAGAAAUGAAAUGAAAAAAAAAAAGUAUAUAUUGGAAGAGGAAAGGAAGGAGCGCGUCCGCCGAAUCACAAAGUCAUCUCCACGAAUUUUAAUUGAACAGCUUACUUUUCCUUAUAGGAUUCCCUUCGCAGAGAUAUCCUUCGAGAGAAGUUUUGCUAUUCAUUCAUCUCGUUCUCCUUCUUCCUUCUUCCUUUAUUCCUCUUAUUCCUUAUUCCUAAACCACCAACACCGCGCAUACCUAACGUUGAUCCUGUUUUAACCCCCUUCUGCCUGAAUCCUUCGUCUCCUUUCCCACUCGCCCCCAUCUUCUCUCCGGAUAAAGAAAAGUGUACAUAGUUAUAUGUAUAGUUAGAUUAUAUAUAUAUGUAUACAUGCAUACAUACACGAGCGCGUGUACGUAUGUCUGUAAAUGGUCGAGUUUGUUAGAGCGCCUGUAAGCGCGCAACCCGCAUGCACACGUGUAUGUACAGAGAAUAUACGCGUAUAAAAUGCCAGAGGUGUGUAACCGGUCGGGUAUAUCGUUCGCUGCUACGCAUUAUCCAGCAUACACGUAAUACGUAUAUAUCUAUAUACAUAGUCAGUCAGGCAUACACGUAUACACGCGGAACCGCAAACGCAGACGUUUGUAUGCAUGCCAGAUGAACGUGGUACCAAUUGUUCCUUACGAGACAUCUUUUUUUUUUUUCUUUUUCGACCUAUUGAAACGUUAAUUAUAGUCCUGUUCGAAGAACUUCUCUGUUAGAAGGAACAGGGAAAAGAUUUGUUACAAAGGAGGAUGCAAGUUUCUAUUCUUCCCGAUAGGCAUUCGAACUUUUCCUGUUUCUCCGAAGGAAUACAUUAAAGAACCGAGUGGAAAACACGUAGCAAAAUUCAAACGUCUCUGGCACGCGCACAACCGUCUCGUAAACCGGGCUGGAGCUGAUUAGAGUAAUAAGCGAAUAAUGUACGAAAGAUGUAAGCACAGACAGGCGCGCGUAUAAAACGAUCGUCUGGUUGAAAGGAAAACGGUCGCGAACGCUCCUGAAGCGGCCGCCUAGCCACCCGCGCUAGUUCUCGAGCUUCUAUUUGGUUAUUGUACAACGCGAACUCCACAUCUGAUCGUGGAUAGACCGUGUUGGUCUAACGUUUUUUUCUCGUUGCGUUAUCCGCCUUCUUCCCUCUUCCGUCAGUCUAAUCGUUGAACGCUAUUCGUUCGGGAGGAAUACUCGAAGAGAUUCCUGGACGAUAUCAUCGAGUACAGUAAUUAGCAUUAUUGUACCUUCGCGUGACUCCGUCGUAAGACCGAGCACGUUUUAAAAAAAAAAUAUUUACCGUUUUCUUGGCUCAUCGAAUAAUCACCGUUUGGUUGUUUUGAUCGAUCGCAUAAAUGAGAAAUCAACGAAAUUGAAUGCGAGCGGGGAAACGUGUGUAAAACUGGAGGAAGACGGGGGAAGGUAGAAUCGAUGAAUUAAAUUAACAAGCGAAAGGAUACUUGGGAGAACGACGCUUUUCUGCGCACGGACUAGGUCCCUAGUUCUCUAAGAAACGUUAAUUACCGUAGCGUAUCCCACAAGUGGUGAUGGUACACAAGUGAUUCUAGUUGUUUUUAUCGUAAGGUAGAUCAUGUGCUUCUUUUUUUCUUUUUCAUACGUAACGUUUUAUCUUUCUCUUUAUCGUACGAUUUGCUUGAAGCAAAUUGAAAGUGCGGGGAAAGCGUCGCGACGCGUCCCUUUAUUAUCGUUUCGUCGCGCUUCAAUGGUCGAUGGCUCGUCCGACAAUGAAUUUUUAAUCAACCUUCUUUUGUAAAUACUUGAAUAAGGAAACCGUACUAAUAUUAGUUACCCACGCCGAUUCAAGGUAUCGCUGCAUUGAUCAUUGUAAUUUUUUUAGAGCGAUUUAGGAGAGAUCGCGAAAUAGAAGUUCAAGUUGAUUCGAUGAUAAAAAGAAAGUACAUUUUAUCGAAAAGAGAAGCAAAACGAUACUGUCAGCUCUAUUGUUAACCGACGCCACGACAAGAAUCGUGCACCAAGAGGGGGCUGCUCCAUCCUUAGCAGAACAGAAAACGUUAUACACGCGGUAUUCUCUAUUCGUAGUUGUUUCCUCUUGUCACAUGAAUUCGAAUGUAAAGGGAAAAAAAAAAACCUCUAACGAUGAGCGAAAUCCACUGGUGCGCCUUUCAUGGAUAAUACACGCGAUUAAUAUUUUACAUACUGUUGAUGCGUUUAAAUAAGCGAUUCUGCUCGUUGCAACGCUCAAUGACAAUAAUCGAGUAUAAUUAUAUAUACAUAUAUGUUUUUUAGCGACUUUUUGCGACGUAAAAUCGACAAUUAAGAGUAUGUUCCCGGUAGAGAGAAAAAAUGGUCUUUUACGAUACGCUUGUUAUCGAUUGUUUACACAAUUGAUUAUUGUUUUAUCAUUUCGAUCGGUUUCCCUAAAACCCCUUGACAUUACGAAUUCUCGAAGAGCUUAUUAAAUAUUGUUAUAUACAUAUAUAUAUAUACACACAUACAUGUACAUGUAUAUUUGUAGACGUACACGAAGAAAUUAAUUUUAUAGAAGGCCUUGUCAAUGACAGAUUCGCUUUUAACUGUUUUUAUACAAACCAUCGUUUUAAUUGAGGAGUAUCGUCUCGUUAAAGAAACAAUUCGACAUUCGUAUAUUUUGUUCGUACUCGAAACGUGUCCGUAGGAUUCUUUUCCCUUGUUUUAUUUGUGAUCACGCAUCAGAGUUCUAUUUACAAUUAGAUAAAAUAUGUAUACGUACUUUACGAUUGUAAAUUUUUAGUUGGAUACAGAUCCAUAUGUAAUUAAUCUCACGGUCGACGUUAUGGAAAUCGUUUUACGCAUUGUUAUCAUAUACAUAUAGUUUCUUUUUUUUUUUUUUCUUUCCAGAUUUUACGUAUGUUGUAUAAUUUGAAAUUUUUCAUUCUUUUUUUCCUUUUUACAUAAGUUGAUAGUGUUAAGCGAACGGAUGUCAACGUCGCAAGUAAAAUCAUACAGAUUGAUUUUUAUGAUUUCACUUUUAACGAAGCGACUUCAGAAUUCGUUCGAACGUAUUCCUCCUACUUUUUGAUUGAUCACGAACGAAAGACAAAGAAAAUCAUUGUUAUUAAUACUGUACGUAACCAAAAAUCAAACAACAUGUGAGACAAAGAGACUCGUUGUAAGCUCGAUUUGUGACUGUUGCUAAAUACCAGUUUAUUGCAAGCAACGACACGCGUGAGAAACGUGACAAAAGCAAGGCGAUUGACAAAGAGAACGCAAUAUGCAAGAAAUCAUCUCGCAACAUCGACGAUCCGCAUUCAUCGUUUAAACACGUUCACUGCCAUAAGUAAAAAUUGUACUUUAGUUUAAUUCAAAAUAUUAACGCUUUCACUUGAAACGAUAUGUACACUGUAAUUUUAAUGGAUAUUCAAAAUUCGUUUCUCAAUUGAACUCUCUGUAAAUGGAAUAACGUACGUAAGUAUCCUUAUGGCAAUCAACGUGUUAAUGAUCUAUACGAGACACACCGCUCUUUGGCAUCCAGCCAGCCUAAUUUUAACAUAGACAAAAUACACAUUGUGUAAUAUCGAAGAACAUUGUAUGAAAGGUAUCUUAAACGCGUCGUGUCCGUAAUCAAACGAACAAAUGUAUCUCUAUACAGGCGCGUAGGACAAACGUAUGAAAAUCUUUUAUAUCAUCUGCAAUCGUAAACCGCCGAUCAAUAGCGUUAUUAUAGAGAAACGAUAAAGUCAGAUAUUUCUUUAUCUAAUUUAUAUUCGAUCGCUACGCUGGCAGUCGUGUGUGAAUAAUCGAGAAGAGAGUACAUUGAUUCACGUUUCUCGAAUAUUUCUAAGUACCUUCUAGUACAAGUUGCUAUUAAUUAAACAUGUCGUAGCGUACUAAGCGGCCGAUCAUUCGGAUCACGGCACAGUUUAACACCGUAAUUGUCAAACGAGAAGCGGCGGAGUAGCAUGUUUUCAAAUGACACGAUGUAAAAUACAGAAGAAAAAUCAUUUAAAGAAACAAGCGCGCGCGUUCGUUACACGCAAUCCGUGGAUAGUAAAAAACGAUACGUUGUAAAGAAAAUCGUAGAAAAAAAAGAAGAAGAAUAUAGAAAAAACACACAUACACACACACACAUACAAAGGUAGACGCAAUCGACAGCUUUGCUCCAAAUUAGAAUUUAAUCGACGAAUGACAAAACGAAGAAAAGUUGCAAAAAAUGUAAAAAAAUUAAAUGAUAGGGAUUUAAAAAAGAAAGAGUACGUAACUGAGUAAUUAUGGAAAGAUAAAAGAUGAGACACGCCAUCCGAUCCAUUCGAAAACGAAAAACAGUACACGUGAGAAUUAAAUACGACCACCCAACGUCAAAAAUGUAUCACAUUUCGAGAAAUAUAUGUAUUUGUUAUUGUUUUCAUUGAA